UUCCCGCCAGUCUCCUAGUCCCGACCAACCCCACCCGGUCCGUCGCUCCGCACGUUGUCCGCGCGCGCCUCAUUGCUCAAGGCACAGCCGAGCAUGUUUUCCAAGACCGUCUAGACGGAUUCACCGCAUUUAUAACGAAAAAAACAAUAUUAAUUCUAAAAAUAGCGAAAUCCUCUUUUUAAGUGAUAACGAAGUGACAAUUGUUCGCAACGGUUAUAAUAAAACUUGUGUAUAAUCCGACAUUCGCGUUUUCAUUUUCGCCGCCCACAGUUAACCCCACGUUUUUCGUUGGUUAGGUUGCAGUGUCCAAAGCCACCCCGUAGUACGGUACACUACCCUCGUGUGAUUUUCCACGUGAAUAUUGUGUGUGAACCGAUCAGUGAAAAUUAUAUAAUCUCUAUUCUCUGCUGCGCGUUUAAUAUACGAAUGUGGACCUGUGCGAACGUUGUGGAAAUCGUAUUUUGUAACCGUAUGCUAUCGUAAUCUUUCAAUUUAUUUACUACUUUGACGUUUUGAACAUCACUUACAAACAUAAAUAAUUAUGAAUCUUCAACAUCGAUGGCUGGUUCAAAAUAAACUACAACUGAAAAAUAACUUUAAAUUGACAAAAAAAAGUUUUGUAUUUUUUUAAAAAUAUUAACGUUUUAUUUUGCAUAACUACUUGAGUAAUUAAAUUAAAUUACAAAAUGGUUGAUACACGUACAUUGACUGAAUCAGCUGAAAAAGAGAAGCAAGAAAUGGAACAAUUAACAAAGCUUAUGACGAUGAAGUCUGCUCAAAUAAUUGUUCAAUCAAGAAUGGGUGAAAAGCUACAUACAAAUUGUUCCAAUCAAAAUAGUUCGAUGAAUGUUGCUAUUAAAGAACUUCCUGAUGUGAUUUCUGAAACAAAAUUAGUACUAAGUAAUGGCCUCUGUGAUUCUGUACCAUUAUGUGUAGAGAUAUUUUUAAAGACAGUCGAUGGAGAUACAAUGACGUUAGAAACAUGGAGCAUUGGACUGUUAUCAGAAAGUGCAUUUGAUCCUUUUUGUUCUCGACAUUUAGUUUAUACUUUAUAUAACCGUUUGGGAGUGUUACUGAAAUCAUUAGUAUCAGUUACUCGAGUAAUACCAGCCUACCGAUACUCCAGGCAACAAUCUCAUGACUCGUAUCAAAUUCAUCAUCGAAUUUAUGCCGGAGAACCUCAAGUACAUACACUUGGAAAAGAAUACAAAGAGUUACAAAUUGGUCAGGUGUCUAUGCCAAUUGGGACUAUUCAAGUAACUGUUUGUUACCGAACAUCUAUGACGUUAACAUCCCAACAAGAUCCAAUCAUGCUCAAAAGUGAUCACUUUCGUAAGGAAUACAGCCCAAGGCACAACCAAAUCAAAACUCCAAAUGAUGAUCAGUCAAGAAAGGCUUAUAUUAUGGACGAUUGGACUGUGGGAGCAUUUUCAGAGAGCUUAGAAGAAAAAGUAAAGAAGCUCAAUCUAUAUCGUAUCCCUGAAUUUCCAAAAGAUACAUUCAUAAAACCAAGAAAACAAGCAGAAUACUGGCCACCACACAUGGUUCCUAGUAAUCAAUUGGCAAAAACUAAACUAGACUCCAUUAAAGAUAGUGACAAUUCAGUUGUUUCGUCUUGUGUCAAUAAUAAUGUUGCACCUUCAAACACCAAUGAAAACUUAGGAAAUGUUAAAAAUUCUACCUCAUCCGAGACAGAAACAAGGAAUCAAAUUAAUCAGUCAAUGAAUACAUCAAGCAAUGAAACCAUCAAUGAUUUUAUUUUGGUAGAAUUGGGUCAAUCAGCUAAACCUCAAUCACCAGAAGAUUUUUGUCGGCGUCGUAGCUAUGAUACGAACCCAUUACAGUUUAAGCCCGCUGCAUUUUCAGACUCAAAUCCUAAUAUAGAGUUGGCGUUAUUCUAUCAGAGAUUUCUUCGAGCGCCCUCACUAAAACUACGCUCAGAUCAUAAUAAUAUUAAUAAUCAUUUAUCUGAUAUUGUCGAACAGAUUAAAAGUUUUAAUGAUCGGAUGGAAGAGUUUGACAGGGUAGUGUUGGACUUGUGCCGUAAAGAUGAUGAUAGUGAAUAAUCUUAGGCAUAAAGUCCCGUACUGUUUUUUAAGAAGACUGAUCAUCAGAACGAGUAAAAAUGCUCAAAAUUAAUUGGUACUAUGUUUAUUAUGAUAAUGAUUUUUUUUCUUUGAAAAAAAAAAGAAUUUUACAUUUCUUAAGAACAACAAAAAAAUUAUAUUUUGUUAUAUAAUAUUUUUUUAAACAAAUGACUGAUUGGUUAAUGAAUUAAUACAAUGUUUACAUUUAUUAUAAUCCUCUUGCGAGGAGGUCUUAAAAAAAUAACACAAUUGGGCCCAAAAGUUCCUGCUUUUAUAAAAUAAUAACAAUUAAACAAUUGUUUGCAUUUAUGUUUAAUGCGAUUAAGUUUUUGUUCUUUAUUUAUUCUGUUUGUUUAUUAUUUUUUAAGUUACCUUAGCUAGACAAUUUUUCUAUUUUAAAAGAACUUUAUAUAUAAGUAUAUAUAUAAUAUUUCUUAAAUUAUUAUUUGCUUAAAUUAAUCCUGCUUUAAUUUAUUUUAUAAAAUCCAUCAUGUUUAGUUUUUAAUGUGGUGGUUUUUUUUUAAAUUAAUCGUUUCAACAAAAUAAAAUAACAAUGUAUCAAUGAAUAAUGAAAACUUCUUAUAUAUAUAUAUAUUCCUAAAUUUAUAAAAUAAUAUUCUUAUUACCAAGUAUAAUUUUAUGGUGUUUAUCAUUGUUAGUGUGUUUUAUUUAUUCCUUAAUUGUGCUCUUAUUAAAACCGCCACCUGUUCUUAGUUUGUAUUGUUUUUCUCUCUUGAUCCUUUAUGUUAAAUGAUUUUUAUUUUAAUCAAUCAUUUGUCAUAAAAUAUCAACACUUAUGAUAUUCACUGGUUUUGGCUAUUCAGAAAUUUAUUUAUAUUUAAACUUGUUUAUAUUUGAUGACAAUUUUUUUUCUUCAAAUUGCAGUAUUUUUCAGUUUUUAUAAUUAUUUAUUUGUUGCCAAAAUUAUACUUUUCUUGAUUUUUUAAACUACCCAAGUGU